UUAGGUUGUUUGUGUGCCAGUUUUUUUGUUUAUGAAAUAAUACGUGACCCCAAAACAAUGUAUAUUUAUGAAUUACCUUACGAUAUAAAUAAGGAACUAUGCAGACUUCUAGACAACGAUGAAGAUUGGAAGGAGCUAGCGGAUCAUAUGGGGUAUAAAGCAUUUGAUGUGAACGAAAUACAGCAGAUAGCCAAACGCCAGGAAAUAUCUCCAACGGGACAGUUACUGACGCAAUGGUCUCAGCUGAAUCAUAAAGUAGAGGAACUAUUCAUGCUGUUGUACCGUAUGAAAUAUAUAACAGCUCUGAGAUGCCUUAAACCGGUUGUGGAUAAACCAUUUCAUAGGCUCUUGCAAAAACAUGACAGCAAGACUUUGAAAGAGAGACAUUCGCUAUCUUAUGAUGAAAAUUUGAAUAAGCAAAAAACACAAAAAGUCAAUGGAAGUGAAUUUUCUAUACCUCUACCUGUGAUGCUGUAUGAAGAGCGACACCAACUUCCAACUCGAAGUGACAACAAUGUGGUGACGACUCAAACAGAAAGUUCAAAUACGGAGAGUACAAAGAAUACUUCAUCAACGCAUGGUAAACCGGACAAAUUCAAUGACGAAUUCCUCAGGAACGUUUCAGCAAUUCCAUUGCUCAAAUACGAGGAUCUGAGAGAGGCCACUAAAAACUGGAGCGAAAGUAAUCUUCUAGGAAAAGGAGGAUUCGGACAAGUUUUUAAAGGCGAAUGGAAGCUGUCGCUAGUUGCAGUGAAGAAACUCAGCAGCAAUGACGCGCAGAACAAGGAGUUGAUCGGGGAGAUGUGCCUGAACCAGUACCGGCAUGACAACAUCCUGCCUCUAUACGGUUACAGUUUAGGAGGUCCAGAAGCCUGUCUAGUAUAUCAGUUUAUGGCUGGCGGGUCACUGGAACAAAGGUUGCGGCAUAAAUCAGCACAUCCCCCUCUCACGUGGUUACAAAGGUACUGGAUAGCACAUGGUGUUGCCAGAGGUCUUCAGUACUUACAUACAAUGGUCGGCACACCUCUCAUACACGGCGAUAUCAAGCCAGCCAAUAUACUACUGGACCAAUGUACGAAGCCCAAAAUAGGGGACUUCGGACUCGCUAGGAAGGGGCCGUACGGAGAAGACCGGACGCAUUUAAAAGUUUCCAGAGUACACGGCACGCGUCCAUAUUUACCCGACGAGUAUCUCCGUUCCCGAUGUCUAUCGCCAGCCGUUGAUGUAUUCAGCUAUGGCGUGGUUAUGAUAGAAAUGGCUACAACCCUGCCGGCUCUAGAUCGUUCUAGAUCAGUUUCGUUACUGAGCGAUUAUACCCACCAAUUGGCAAGAGAGGGCGUUGAUUUUGCAUCUCUAGAAGACCGAAGCCUACAGGCUAUACAGAAUUCGAACCCGCAACUGUGUAGAGAGUUUGUAUCCAUCGGGCUACAUUGCACUAAAUACAUGAGACAGGAGAGACCGACUAUGUUCGAUGUAUACAAAACUCUGGAUGCUAUAGACUUGCCAGGAAAGAAUUUUACUUAGCAAUUAUAUAAACGCCUUUAAUACCUCAAAAGGUAAUUUAAUAUUACCGGGUAUGAGAAUGUAUCCCCGUUCGCCCUAACCUACCCGUGACGUAGAGAACUGAACGGUAUUUUAAUUUAUUCACGACUGUCCCCACAACUUUAUUCAGUUUAUCAACGGUUGUCCCUAUUACCGUGAUAAAAAAGUUCUCAUAAAUAACUAAAAGCGUACAUUGUAUAAAAUAUGGGAGACAGGAAACAAAAUUGUUUUUUGAUGGUACAAAAUAGCUCUUUAGAAUUCUAUGUUGUAUAUCUAAAAGGCUCUAUAAACCUCUAAACGAAAUUAAAUCUGACCUUAUAUGAGAUUGGCCACACUUUAUUAAGUUUAUUAGCGGUUGUCCCAAUUACAGUGAUAAAAACCACCUAGGUAUAUAUUAAGACACCUAUGUUGUAUAAUAUGUAUGACAGGAAACACCCAUGUUUUUGGACGGUAUAAAAUAACUCUUUAGAAUUUUAUGUUGUAAAUCUAAAAGGUUGCCCCCGUUACAGUGAUAAAAACCACAUACGUUACGUGUACGUACGACACGUACGUUUUAUAUAAUAUGUGUGAAGGGAAAGAUCGACGAUUUUUGACAUGUAUAAAACUUUGUGCAUUCAAAUUAUACGUAAUAAAUCUAAAAAGGCUCUUUACACCUAUAGGAGAAAUUAAAUCUUGCCUGAUUCGCGUUGUCCCUUUAAUUUGAAAUGAAAAUGAAAAUGAAAUGAAAUUUGAAAUGAAAAUUUAUUUGUUCACA